GAGAUGUCAGUCUGCUCUAUGAGUUUAUUCCGCUUUGUUUGGCGGAGGUGAGAGGACAUGGUGUAGUUCGUUAUUCGAAGUAGCGCGUUGUGUUCAAUGUUUUUUGUAUUUUCUUACAAUUUUUGAGUGACUAAACGAUAUAUUCAGCCAUAAGAAGGUUUUCUAAUUCGAUCGACAACAGUGUACGUGUUAGAAACUUAGAAUCUAGUAACAUUUGCACAAUUGUGCAAGCGACUCGAUGUCAAUAAACUUGUCGGUGAUAUUUUAUGGGAAAGGUGUGCCGCGUCGCUAAUACCUGUUCGCGACUGAAGGGUGCAUGGGCUCGGGAUGUCAGAGGCCGCUGAUAGCUAGGCGGGUGGUGACCGGUGCCAUGGAGUAGAUGGGAAAGAGAGUAACAAUGCUGGUUCCAUCGCGAGGAAGAUACGAUUUAAGAAUAUGUACGCGGAGCUGUAUUGAAUGCGUACGUCUGGAAUCAAGACUGCACUCAGAUGCCUUACAAACAACAAGCGACCCGAGAUGAUCGCUUAGCAUAAAUAUAAAAAAUAUGAAAAUUAUAAUAGUUUUGUAUGCGUUUUUAAUAUUGUUAUUCUAAAAGGACAUUGCGCAUGGUGCUUAUUAGUGUAGUGAGGUGAAAAGAACUAUCGAUAUAGCGAUAACGAUGUCUAGUGAGGGGGAGGCGGUGAAAGUGGAAGGGGGUCAUAUCUCCGUCACUACUAUCAGCAUGUCGGGACCGGAGAGUAGCAAUGGGCAGUUCUCGUAUAGCUCGAGCGGAGUCCGUAUCAGCGUGUCCUCGGAGCCUCAAGACGAGGAUUCGACGGACGCGGAAAUAUCCAAAAUAGAUUUCACCCAACACCAGUAUGAGGUCAACAUGCGGAAUAAGAAGAAGCGUUCGUCCGGCCAGUGUGACCAGGCCAAGGAGCAAGAGAGGCCGAUGUCCUGGGAGGGAGAGCUGUCAGACUCGGAAAUGGUCAUCGACACCAGCACCAAUAACGUAGACGAGAACAGCAGCUCCCUGGACCUCCAAUCCUCCCGGGAUUCAAUCGACACGCUCCGUAACGUGUCCAUUAAGACUGAACCUCUUAAAACAGAGCUCUUCCACACUAUGGAGGACCAACGUGUUCUGGACCUGAAGUAUACCGUGCCUCUUCAGUCACAUCAGCGCAGUCUUAGUAUGAAUAGGAUAUCGGUCCUAACAGACAGUAAUUCGUUGUUAGCGCGGCGGCCGUCAUCACCCUCGCACUACGACGCGCAUCCCGAGGUCCAGAACCUCACUAUCAAGAAGGAACAGCUCUCUGAACUCAAGUCCGAACCGACGUCCAGUGUGGACAAGCUGCUAGGGCUCCACGGGUCCCCCCUGAUGGGACGCCUCCCCCGCGUGCAGUCCAGCGCCAGCACUGACUCCGCGGUACACUCAAUGUAUACACACAGUGUAUACAGCAGUCCGUCGGCCAGCCCCCGCCCCUCGCGCCACUACACCCCCUCCCUCUCCCGGAACAACAGCGACGCGUCACACUCCUCAUGCUACUCCUACAGCUCAGAGUUUUCCCCCACUCACUCUCCAGUACAAAGUCGUCACCCCCACGUGGUGUACCGCGAGGCGGCCGUGUUCCCCGCCUCCCCCGCUCAUGAUGAGGACGCGGACGGAACCGACGACAGGCUGCAUCAUCACCAGGGGAUCAGCCGCCAACAACUCAUUAACAGUCCGUGUCCAAUUUGCGGCGACAAAAUCAGUGGCUUCCACUACGGGAUAUUUUCUUGCGAGUCUUGCAAGGGCUUCUUCAAGCGGACGGUUCAAAAUCGCAAGAACUACAUGUGUCUGAGAGGCGGGAACUGUCCCGUCACCGUCGCCACCAGGAAGAAGUGCCCCGCGUGUAGAUUCGAUAAGUGUCUGGGAUGCGGGAUGAAACUCGAAGCUAUAAGAGAGGACCGCACCCGCGGCGGUCGGUCUACUUAUCAAUGUUCGUACACGCUGUCUGGCGCGGCCUCCACCGGCUCCUUACUAUCAGCGCACACUCCCGCAACGCUGAGACACGCCUCGAGUCUCACAUGUGUGAACGGUCCGGGCUCCUACAACAGAGGCGAAUCAAGCAACAGUCGACUCACCCCUGACAUACCGCCGUUAUUGCAGGAAAUAAUGGACGUGGAACAUCUAUGGCAGUACAACGAGUCCGAGCUGAGUCGUAUGAGCAAGAGCUCGAGCAGUCCGUCCGCCAACCCCCUGUUAGCGGCCAGCGGCAUCACGGCGCAGAACUCUAGCGCCGACUUCCUGGCCGACCUGUGCAAUAUAGCAGACCACAGAUUAUACAAGAUCGUCAAGUGGUGCAAGAGUCUGCCGCUCUUUAAAAAUAUCUCCAUCGACGAUCAGAUAUGUCUGUUGAUAAACAGCUGGUGCGAGUUACUGGUGUUGUCCUGUUGCUACAGAGGAGUCAGCACGCCAGGGGAGGUGCGGGUGGGGGGAGGCAGGGGAAUAACGCUGCAGCAGAGCGCCAAGUACGGCCUAACUCCAUGUAUUGAACGUAUGUUGAGUUUCACUGAUCACUUGAGGAGGCUGCGUGUGGACCGCUACGAGUACGUCGCGCUCAAGGUCAUCGUACUACUCACUUCAGAUGCUCCAGAGCUUCAUGAAGCAGAGAAAGUGAGAGCUUCCCAGGAGAAGGCGCUGGCAGCCCUACAGGCCUACACCGCCACACACUCACCAGACACACCUGCCAAGUUUGGUGAACUACUGCUGCGAAUUCCAGAACUACAGAGAACUUGCCAGUUUUUCAUGCAAGUCGGAAAAGAAAUGCUCAAUCCAGCGAACAAGAGUAAGGACGGAGAGGGACCGAGCUUCAACCUCCUCAUGGAACUGCUUCGAGGAGAUCAUUGAAUACGAACUCAUUGCUCAACUGCGACAUAGGCUAGACCCAGCAAUAUAUCGAUAGACGAACUAUCGAUGUAUCGAUAUUAAAAAUAUCGUUACAUUCAAUCCCUAGAUUCCAUAAAACUAUAGUUUUAUAUGAUUUUAAAUUUAUCUAUAUCAUAUCAGAUAUCCCAGAGCGAACGAUGCUAUGAGCAUAUAUUUUGUUUCGUUUAUUAUAAUUUCAUAAAGACACAAUAAAUAUAAUUUAGUGAUAUUACGAUAUUAUUGCCUUAAUAUAAGCUCUUAAUUUUGGCCUUGGAAACGAAGACUGCUUUCAUGAACACUUAGUAUCGUAAUACGUAUUUUUAUAACUUCGGAUAUUAUUAUGCAUUUAUUUUAUAACACCGCUUCCGUUGAACCGAAUACUCCAUAUCAUAUGUAAUUAUAAUAUAACAUUUUUGUUAAUUUUACACGCAAAACACUGCCGGCCGAAGAUUUAUGUAUAAAUUAAAAGAAAAAAAAUGUAUUAUAUGACCUUUCAGAAAACCGCCAAUGGCGCCAUUCAUUUAUGACAUUGACACGUGACAGUUAAUACCAAAGACAAUUAAAGGUUGGGGUGCUUUUGCGUUGAACUCAUUUCAUGUAACUUCACUGCCACAAGCUUUUAUUAGCUAUUAUUAAAUAAGAACAAGGGAACAAUUUAUAUAUAGGGAACUUAUGAAGUAACCAAAUAGCUAUGUUAUGUGUGAAACGGUUGCUUUUUAAGAGUUCCGUGUGCGGCGAUCAAAAUGUUUGUGGGAAACUUUGAAAUAUUUAAGAAUAUUUUAAGACGCACAAAUAUAAAGAGUUAUUGAUGAUCUUGCCAUUCCCAUGAUUUAGAUGAUUUCUCUAACGUGCAAUUAACAAAAAUUUUACACUGUUACAGUCCUGUUAUAAGAGGAUUUAUGAACAAAUAGGAACUUUUGUAGUUAAACAAUGAAAAGUUGGGGUGAUUGUACGGAACUUGUGCAUGAAUUGAUUUGCUGGCACAAAAUUUACUGCACCGGGGGAAGGUUUAUUACAAUGUAGCCUCCUCCAAUAAUUAAAUAAUCAUAAAGAUUAUAUAUAUGUAGGUAUUUUCAUUAAAAUAUAUUUUGGUCUACAUAUGUAUGUACAUAUUUUCAAUAUAAGUAUAUUAGCUUCAUAUCAAGAUCUGAAGUAAUUAACGAAAGAUCAUUGCCAUUUUAUUUAAGUUUCUUUAUGUUUAAAUUUUUAAAGAUUUUUGUCAUUUUUUUUUUUAUAGCAAUCUGCUAAUAUUUAGUUCUGUGACAUAACUUAGUUACAAUAUAUUGUUUUAGUCGUGUAAAAGUUUUUUUUUUUUGAUAAUUAUUUUUUUUUUGUUAUUACGUGCAAUACUUGGCAUGAAGUAUUUUUGUUAUAUUUUGUACUUUUAUAUAAAAUAAUAUUUACUUUAUGCUUUGUUUUUGCAAUUUUUUUAGGCUGCGUAAGACAGCUUUCGUAACCAGUAAGUCACUGCCGAUUGUUGUUAGAAAAAAGUAUGCUGAAAGCAAGCACUAUUGCAAUAAUAUGAAAAAUAUUUUUUUGGUAUAUCUUAGAUGUAAUUAUUAUUAAUUAGGCUAGAAUAUUGUUAUAUUACAAACAACUGUACUUCAAUUCAAAUGUGGAACUUAAUUUUUAUUCCAACUAUUUUUAACCAACAAAUGUCAAACGUCAACUGUCAGUUAUGGCGGUAAUAAUUUGUUAAGUAAUCACUGCGAUUAUUACAAUUUUUUACAUCAAAUAACUACAUUUUGUCGUGUUAUAGUGUAUCUCGGUUGUCUAUUUGUUGUCCAUAUCAAUUCUAUACCGUCGAAAUAGCCAAGUAAAUUGUUAUAUUCAAUAAAACUGUAUCGUAAGGGCACAAGUACUUCUUUUAGUUAUAAUAUAAUGUAGUUAUGUAUUAAUGUAAGUAUAAAAACAAUGUGCCACAUGAAAGCUACGUUUAAUUUAAGGAGUAUGUGAUUGAUGUUUUGCCAAUAGCGUACAUCGCGCGUUACUUGGAAGUGGCAACUGCGUAAGAAUGUGUAAAGGUUAAUUGAACUGAUAAUAUAGGGAUAGGUGUAAGAUUUUUGUACUGUAUUACGUAAUACGUAUUUUUUUAUAUUUGUAUUUCUAGCAGUAAAUAUAUUAUUUUUCAUGUAUGAUAAAUUGGGGUGCAUUGCACUGUUAUUCCAAUUAAUAUAAGAGCUUUUUUUGUUCGGUAUGUGUACGGAGGUUCUAUAUUAUUUUGCAAUGCGGUAUAUUUUCAGUAUAGAGUGUAUGGCACACGGCGUGGCUGUCUGAGUGAGGCCGAAUAAUUUUUAUAUUAAAAAUUAUGAGGACAGAGAGAAUGUUAACACGUCCAAUAUUUUAACUUUAUGUUUGUUAUGAUAUGUAAGUAUUAUAUUGAUAUUUUAUUCUUUAUUACUUAGAGUUAUGAAAAUUAUUUUUAUAUAUAGAGCAAAUAAAUUUGAUUUUGAAGUAUG